CAUCUACAUCUGUAUGAAAGAGAAAGAGAGAGAGAGAGAGAUUCAUGAAUCUUUUUAUAGAAACAAGAACAAGUUUCAGAAUCUGGUCUGACUCUUUGUAACCUUCUCGUUUAAGUUACAUCGUAUUCGUUUCCUUUGCCAUUGUUGGAAUCUCCGCCUCGUUUGAUUAUUAUCAGAGAGGAACUUUUGAUAUCGUUCAAAAGAAGUGGUGAUCUGAUAAUGAGAUGAUCCUGCAGAUCUCCGGCUGAUCCAACGGUUUCAGAAACGCUGUUUUAAUUUUAUCCUCCAUUGUUGUUUACCAUCAUCAUCCAUCAACACCCAUAAAUAAGAGUUGGAGUUUUUGGUCAUAAAGAAUGGCGUUUAAUGCGGCGAUGGCGUCUACAUCUCCAGCGGCAGCGAAUGACGUUUUAAAAGAACAUAUCGGCCUACGUAGAUCGUUAUCCGGUCAAGAUCUCGUCGUGACAAGUGGUGGAAUACGGAGAUCGAGUUCGGACAAUCAUCUGUGUUGUCGCUCCGGUAAUAAGAACCGAAUUCUAGCUGUCUCUGUACAUCCUCCUGGUCCAGGGAUGAAAACUAGUCGAUCUGUUGGAGUGUUCUCGUUACAGAUAUCGAGCGACAUAAUCCCCAAUCCGAUAAAAACGUUGCUAUUUGAAACGGACACGACUCAAGACGAGAAAGCGAGUGAUGAGAUCGAGGUUGAGACUGAGCCAAAACUAGAUGGAGCCAAGAAGGCGAAUUGGGUCGAGAGAUUACUCGAGAUAAGAAGACAGUGGAAGAAACAGCAAAGACCAGAGAGUGGAGAUGGUGAAGUUGCUGAGGAUAAUAUUGACGUUACGUGUGGUUGUAAAGACGAGGAAGACGGUUGCGUUGCAGAUUACGGAUCUGAAAACGGUGAUUGGGAACGUGAGUCGUUCUCUAGAUUGCUUGUGAAGGUUUCUUGGUCUGAGGCUAAAAAGCUUUCUCAGUUGGCUUAUUUGUGUAACGUGGCUUACACGAUACCGGAGAUCAAGGGAGAGGAUUUGAGAAGAAACUAUGGGUUAAAGUUUGUGACAUCUUCCUUGGAAAAGAAAGCCAAAGCAGCGACACUUAGAGAGAAACUCGAGCAGGAUUCGACACGAGUCCCUGUUAUUACAUCUUUAGAAUCAGAGAAGCAACCUCAACGAUCAUCUUCAUCUUCUGCUUCUGCUUACAAUAUUGCUGCUUCAGCUGCGUCUUAUAUUCACUCAUGCAAAGAGUACGAUUUUUCAGAACCAAACAAUCCGGUUUAUAAAUCAGCUGCUGCGGCUCAGGCUGCAGCGUCUACAAUGACCGCUGUGGUUGCUGCGGGUGAGGAGGAGAAGCUAGAAGCGGCAAGGGAGCUGCAGUCGCUACAAUCAUCUCCUUGUGAGUGGUUUGUGUGUGACGAUCCAAACACAUACACUAGGUGCUUUGUGAUUCAGGGAUCUGAUUCUUUAGCUUCUUGGAAAGCAAACCUCUUCUUCGAGCCAACUAAGUUUGAGGAUACAGAUGUAUUAGUACAUAGAGGAAUCUACGAGGCAGCGAAAGGAAUAUACGAACAGUUCUUACCCGAAAUAACAGAGCAUUUGUCUGUACACGGAGAUAGAGCUAAGUUUCAGUUUACGGGUCAUUCUCUUGGAGGCAGCCUCUCAUUAAUAGUGAAUCUGAUGCUUAUCUCUAGAGGACUCGUUAGCUCUGAAGCUAUGAAACCCGUUGUCACGUACGGUUCACCGUUUGUGUUUUGUGGCGGGGAGAAGAUUCUAGCCGAGCUUGGCCUUGACGAGAGUCAUGUUCACUGUGUGAUGAUGCAUAGAGAUAUCGUCCCACGAGCCUUCUCAUGUAAUUAUCCUGACCAUGUUGCUCUCGUUCUUAAGCGUUUGAAUGGGUCCUUCCGUACACAUCCUUGCCUCAACAAAAAUAAACUGUUGUAUUCACCAAUGGGGAAAGUAUUUAUUCUACAGCCAAGUGAGAGCGUCUCGCCGACGCACCCUUGGCUACCACCUGGAAAUGCUCUCUACGUUUUAGAAAAGAGCAACGAAGGUUACUCUCCGACGGCGUUACGUGCGUUUCUGAACUGCCCUCACCCGCUCGAAACACUCAGUCAACGCGCAGCUUAUGGCUCGGAAGGUUCGGUCUUGAGGGACCACGACUCCAAAAACUACGUCAAGGCCGUGAAUGGAGUUCUCAGGCAGCACACGAAACUCAUAGUUAGGAAGGCCAGGAUACACAGGAGGAGUGUUUGGCCGGUGCUUACGUCAGCAGGACGUGCAAUGGACAGGAGCUCGACGACUGCUGAGGAGAUCAUGACACAUGUCUAAUAAAGGGAAAAAAUAUAAUAAAUCUACGGUUGUAUAUAAGUGGAAUCUCACUUCUAAAUUAUGCGUUUGUUUACAUUUGUUGGGGUAAGCGGUAAUCCAAAGGAUUUUGUGCAUUAAAAACCUUUUUUUUUUGCAGCUUAAUUCUUUAACUUAUAAAUGUAAGUAAAUCUCGUAACUCAAAAGUCACCCACAAAUAUAA